AUGGAGAAGUCGCAAAAUAAUACCCGGUUUUUCUGGCUCCUAGUUCUUCUGUUCAUUUCUGUGGGAGUUUCCAGGCCCAUGGAGGAUCUUGACUCUCCGGAAUUAAUUGUCCUGACAGAACUGGCCGAUGCUGUGUUUGGUUACCCGGAUUAUAAAAUCACAGGAGCUUUGGUAGAAGCUUACAACGAGACGUGGCCUCAGAACCCUGAGGAAUUGGGUACCUACUUCGAGGGUGAUAUAUUGGUUCCAUUGAGUUAUAAAAGUGCCCGAUUCAAUGGAACCCGCAAUGGCAUGCGUAUUACCAGUUACCGAUGGAAGGGCGGAGUGGUGCCCUACAAGAUCAAUGGGAACUUCACACCGGAGCAGUUAAAAAUUAUCAAUCAUGCUUUUGAGCAAUACCACACCCGAACUUGCGUGCGUUUUAGGCCCAGGACAACCGAAAAUGAUUACAUCUCGAUUAUAAAUAGCGGAUCUGGAUGUUGGAGUUGCCUCGGACGUAUUGGUGGCUGCCAGAAGGUGAAUCUGCAGUCGGAAUGUCUGUUAAAUAACGGCACUACGAUCCACGAGCUGAUGCACGUUUUGGGCUUUGAUCACGAGCAUAAUCGCCAUGACCGAGAUUCCUAUAUCCUGGUGGUGAACGACAAUAUUGAGCCUAAGAAGGAACAUAACUUUGCUAAGGCCGAUUCCAAGAAGCAUUCCAGUUUCGGCGUGGAGUAUGACUACAGCAGUGUGAUGCACUACUCGUUAUAUGCCUUCUCCCGAAAUAAUGAGCCCACGAUGGUGCCUUUACGCGACACUUCCAAAGUCGACAAGAUUGGUAGUCGUGACGAUUUAUCCAAAGGUGAUGUGAUCAAGAUUAACAAAAUGUACGAGUGCAAUAUGAUAAAUAAUAAAAAGUAAACUAUCGAAAUAAAUAUAAAUAUUUUAACAUUAA